AUGUUCGAACCCAAUGGCAUCGAUACUUGCCACGCAUGGAAGCCAUGGGAAACAUCAUACGGUGGAUCUUAUGGCAUCUAUGUAGCUUUUGCAUUGGCAUAUGGCAUUCUUGCGGGAAGCGUGACGCUACUCACUCGCUCGAAUCUACCCGCUGUUGACAACCUCGACUUGAAGAGCAACGGUGAGCCAGAACAAGAACAAUACACUGAGACCUCGACUGGCAAGAUGAUGUACAUGGCUGCUGGUAGUGGCAUACCGGAGAUCAAAACGAUCUUGUCCGGUUUCGUGAUACCGCACUUCCUCGAUCUGAAGGUCCUUGUUGUCAAGGCCGUUGGUGCAACCUUCGCGGUUGCUACUGGCAUGUGUCUCGGGAAAGAGGGCCCCUUCGUGCACAUUUCGACAUGUGUGGGGCAUCUUGUGGCAGUCUGGUUCCCCAAGUACAAGAACAACGAGCGAAAGAUGAGAGAGAUGCUGAGCGUGGCGUGCUCUUCAGGCUUAUCAGUCGCCUUUGGAGCUCCCAUUGGCGGAGUGCUCUUCAGUUAUGAAGAGAUAAGCACAUACUUUCCUCGUCGCGUCAUGUGGAAGUCAUUCCUGUGCUCCUUGGUAGCCGCUGCUACUCUCAAAGAGCUCAAUCCCACCGGAACAGGCAAGCUAGUCCUCUUCGAAACCAACUAUGGGAUCGACUACGACUUUGUCCACUAUAUUGUUUUCAUACUUCUUGGUGUAUGUGGCGGAGUCUUUGGCGGCGUGUUCUGCCAGGCAAAUUUUCGAUGGUCCAAGUUCUUUCGUAAAUUUUCCGUCAUCAAAACCAAUCCGGUCCUGGAGGUCUUCCUUGUCGUGCUUGUAACAGCGCUCCUGCAAUAUCCGAAUCGGUUGAUACGACCUACAGGAGACAUCGUCAUGUCCGAGUUAUUAGUGGAUUGUAACGAUCCUGGUGAUGACUCAUACGUGUGCCAGCAAGAGAAUAUGGAGGACAAGAGGAGAUAUUAUGCGUGGUUGAUCACCGGGACACUGACCAAACUUCUACUCACGAUCAUCACCUUUGGGUGCAAAGUCCCGUCAGGAAUCAUCAUACCAGCUCUCGAUGCAGGCGCUUUGUUCGGACGAAUGAUCGGUCAGCUUGUGCCCAAUAUCUCGCCAGGCAUAUUUGCGAUGGUAGGCUCGGCAGCGUUUCUCGCCGGCGUGUCUCGCAUGACCGUGAGCCUGGCAGUGAUCAUGUUCGAGCUGACCGGCGAAGUCAACUUUAUCCCUCCGUUUAUGAUAGCCAUUCUGACGUCGAAGUGGGUUGCUGAUGCCAUCAGUUCCGAGUCUGUUUACGAUUUGUCCCAGCACUUGUUGGGGCACCCAUUCCUCGAUGCCGAACAUGCAUUGUCUUGUGUCCGAGCAUCACGAACAGGCGGUAGCACCGGGACCGUAGAAGAGCUUAUACCCCCCUCAAAUACCAUGUCUGAAAUUACCCUCCAUACGGGGCCGAACUUCCGCGUGAAGCGGGAAACACUGCAGCAGAAGUUGAUCCAGUUGAAAGCUCGCGGGCUCAUGGAUGCAGGACUUGUGCUUGUUAAUGAUCAUGGCAUUUGCCAUGGCUAUCUUCCGGAGGCGGAGUUGGAGUUCGCUCUGGAAACGGUGGACCAAAUCGAGACGACUGACGGCAACGAAGCUGAGGUUGAUCUCUUUGAGGGUGUAUUUGCCGACUUCAUAGACCGAAGUCCCCUCACGCUCUCUGCGAAAGCUCCUAUAGAAUAUGCGGUCGAGAUGUUUGGAAAGCUCGGUCUUCGGUAUCUUAUCAUAACUGAAGAGGAGACUGCUGAGGUUCUGGGUGUCGUUAUCAAGAAACGGUUAGUGAACUACUUGGAUGGGCUAAGGGCCCUAUGA